UCUGUUGGGCUCGUUCACGUGCGCUCACUGACCUCGUAAAUAGCGGUAUUUCUGACAGCACUGGAAGGCACCACAAGUCCCAUCCUCCCCAUCAGCAGUCCGGUCAACAACAUUUCUCCUCCUCAAACACUUCAACCAGCAAAAACUUCACCACCACCACCACCACCAGAAACACCGACCCUUUUGCUUUUUAAAACAACCGACAUGGAUGCACUCAAGUCGGCUGGGAGAGCUAUUAUCCGGAGCCCGAGUAUGGCGAAACAGUCGUGGACCGCCGGCAGACACAGAAAGCUUCCGGAGAACUGGACCGACACACGGGAGACCAUCUUAGAGGGCAUGACCUUUAACCUCCGUCACCUCGGCAUGACACUAGUGGACCAGCCCAAGGGAGAGGACCUGUCAGCUGCUGCAGUAAAGAGGAUUGUUGCCACGGCCAAGGCCAGUGGAAAGAAGCCUCAGAAAGUUGCUCUCAAGGUUUCCCCUCAGGGAAUCGUCCUGCACGACAGCUUGACCAAUAAACUGCUGGAAAACGUCUCCAUAUACAGAAUAUCCUACUGCACGGUGGACAAACUGCAUGAUAAAGUGUUUGCUUAUAUCGCUCAAAACACCCUCAAUGGGACCCUGGAGUGCCACGCCUACCUCUGCUCUAAGAGGAAAGUGGCUCAGGCUGUGGCUUUGACAGUAGCCCAGGCUUUCACAGUAGCGUUUGAACUCUGGCAAGUAGCCAAAGAAGAGAAAGGGAAAAGAGCAAAGUCUGGUUCAGCUGGAGAAGCCAGCAGUAGUUCCCAUUCAGAGAGAUCUAACAGCUUGGGGAGCCUGAAAGGAACAGAUGUUGCUACAGACAACCUUUUGGACUUUGAGGACAGUGUGAACACAGUAGUGGAGACCAAUGGGAACGUAGAGGAGGAGCAGCUGGAUAACCACAGGCCCUCUGAGACCAACAAUAACCCUGCCUGGGAAAUAGAAGAUGAUUUGGAUGAAGCCUUCUCCAGCCUGGCAGUGUCGCGUACUAACCCCCAGGUCCUGGACAUUGGGGUGACGCCCCAAGACUGGCUCAUAGAACCCGACUGGGACAGCGCCAAUGGAAACACUCCCAGCGGUCUCAGCCCGUUUGGGGACAAUAUCUUCGGCUUCUGACCACCACAACACAGCAGAGAGGGAGAGAGACGACAGCAGAGGGGAGGACGGCUGUCUUUAUGACAUCACUGUGCAUUUGAGACGAGGCUACAGUAAGGGAACGAGCGUAGGACUGUGAGAUGACGUUUGGCCUCUCUUCACGUUGUUGUCGCACUCUUCACAUGGACAAUUCUUCCCUUUCUUUGUGGAAACACACCAAAGCAAUAAUAUCAUCCUUUUAUUACACUGCUACAUCUCUACUAACGUCAGCAUCUGUUGGCCUCUACUUACAUUUUUUCUGUCCCAGUAGUUUUGCCACCAUAAUCAGUUUUUGUAUAUGUGUUUAGUUAUAAUUUAUAGUCAUAUAAUUAUUUUUUUAUGGAUGAAGAACAAGAGUAGGAUGUAAUUCAGACCGAUGUACAGACCGUGUCAACAGGCCUUAAUAACAGCAGGACAAUCAGUCACACUAUAUCACUAUAUCUUUGAGUUUAGAAACAUUUCAGUGGAUUUAAUUGAUGUGAGGAUUUGUUCUUCGACCACCUCCGAAGAUUAUUUUAUGUCUAAAAUCUGAAGAUCUAUCUAAUUGUUGUAUUUAUAUGAACUCUUUGUAGCGGUGGCUCACUCAAGACAUGUUGUUACAGGCGUUAACUUUUCACUGCAGUGUAACAGUGUUGUCUUGACAGAAGCCCAGAUGUGUUCAGAGUUACCAGAUUCUAUUAUGUUCAUGUACAUUAUAAUCUACCAGAAUUAUACAGAAUUAAAUAUAUUCACGAAUAAGAAA